AUACCAAUAAGUUAAUUGGCUUCUAUUUGAGUUUGUGUAUGUUUGUGCCUGUGUGUGCUCUGUGAUGGACUGACAACCCAUCUGCCUGGUGCCUGUUGCAUGCCAGGAUAGGCUCUGGCUCCCCCAAGACCCUGUAUUGGAUAAAGUGGUUAGAAAAUGAAUAGAUUGUUGGAAUUCAGAAUGCGGUUGCUAUUAAUCAAUUAAUCAAACCAUUUUUUAGUUUAUGUUUUCAAAUAUGAAUUCUACACAUAUUUAUCAUAAUCUAAAAGCAGACAUUAAAUGAAACAGUGUGUGUGAGAGAUGUACCAUGAAAUAGCUUAGAAACAGAUUCAGUGGAGACUGGAGAUCAACGGUUUAAAAACGAGAAACAGCUCAAGAAAGGCUCAAGAAACAGCUGGAUGUUAUCUAAUAAUUAUCAAAUGGACUAGAAAAGGGCCAGAUGAUCUUCUCUCAUUUGUAACCUGUCAUCUUAUGCUCUUAAAAUGUAGCACUAGUUUGCAAAACGUCAAUAUUCUGAAAGCUGAUUACUGAUAGAGUCUUGGGCAAUUCAAUCUUGCUACAUGUGUUUAAAACAAUUGGCAUCCCAAAGAUAAGUUGUUUGCUGUGAAUGUUACAGGUCACUCAGACACCAUGGCUCUGAAAUCUCAUUCUCAUGUUCAAUGAUUAACCCAAACGUAUUGCGUGAACUUAGAACUUAUGCGUGGAGUUUGGAGUCUGCCCUCCACUCUAUCUAGAUAAACAUUUCUGGCUUUGAGCACCCCUCUGAGUCUCUGCAGCCAGAACACCACUUUUCAGACACUUCUAUUAUUUUAAUCAACUAAUAACGUCUCAUUGGAACAAUGUUAAGACUAAGCCUUAUAUUCCUCUGCACAAUCCCAUUUUGCCUUUCUGCCUCCUCUAAAGAUGGAAAUAUCGGGCCACGGCUCAGCAAUGGAAAGCUGUACAAAUUCAGCUACAUGACUGAAGUGCACCUAGACAGAGCCAAAGGGUCAGCCCAGGGCAGUGCUGGCUAUAGGAUAUCAUCCAGUGUUGACCUCAACUUAGUCUGGAGAAAUCCAAGCAGCAAAGAUGAUCAGCUUAUCAAAAUAGCGAUGAGUGACAUCAGGAUUGAGAAUGUGACUCCACGCCCAGAGAAGAGUAAUGUCUUUCUGGGAUCCACUGCCGCAAGCAUUCUUGGAAAGGAGAAUCUGGCUGACUUACAAAAACCAUUCAUCUUGCACUGGAAUUUUGGAAAGGUCAAAAACUUGUACACAUACCACAGUGAGCAUGCCGUCAUCAAGAACAUUAAGAGGGGCCUAGCCAGCCUGCUUCAGUUGCAGCUCACAUCUGGAAAAGUGGAAGAGGUGGAUGUGUCGGGAAAGUGCAUGAUUGACUAUCAGGCUCGACAGAAUCAGGUUACUCGAAUCAAAGCUGUGGACAGCUGCAAGACUGCAGAGACAGGCUUCACAUCUCACAGUAAGGUCCUGGGGGUCAGCUCCAAAUCCUCUUCCACCACCGAGUUCAUUCUGCAAGAUGGUUUCAUCAAGUCGGCUCUUUCGGAGGAGAGACACACCUUGUCGUUGAAUACACGGCAGGCCAUUGCAGCCAGAAUUGUGUCCAGGCAAAAGUUAGAACUUGUUAAGACAGAGUCAGGACCUCAAGAAAGUGCUGGUAAAGAUGUUGGCAGCAUCAUCAAGUCUUUGGACCCUAAGUAUGUGUCCAUUUCCCUGGCAUCAGAGAAAAUCAAGAUGGAAUGCAAAGGCUGUCCCUCGCUCUGGAAUCACUGGCAAGCAAUCCACAAGGACUUUGAACCCGAGAGCCUUUCCAAAGCCCCUGCCUCUCGGAGCUUCUUGUCUCUGAUCCAGACUCUUCGAAAAUCCAGGAAGGAGGAGAUCCUGAAAGUACUCAGGAGCACAAGCCACUCUGCCCUGCCACAAGUAGUAGAUGCUGUCACCUCUGCCCAGACCCCAGCUUCCCUGGAGGCCAUCCUGCAGUUCCUGAACUUCUCAGACCCUGAGGGCCUGGUGCUGCAGGAGAGGUUCCUCUAUGCCUGUGGCUUUGCUUCCCAUCCAAAUGAGAAGAUGUUGAAAGCCUUGAUGGACAUUUGGAAUGGCAAGAUUGGUAGCAGCGAUAUCAAGGAGUCGGUCAUAAUCAUCAUGGGAGCCCUGGUGCGAAAGCUGUGCCAGAAGGGGGGAUGCGAGCUUCCAACAGUAGUCCAGGUAAAGAAACUGAUACUGGAAGGACCUGAGAGCACAGAGGUGGAAGCAGAGGUGCAGAUGUACCUGCUGGCUCUGAAGAAUGCCCUGCUCCCAGAGGCCAUCCCUCUCCUGACACAGUUCUCAGAAUCCGCUGCAGGGCCCAUCAGCACCAUUGCCAUCACAGCCCUCCAGAGAUACGACGCGUCCCUGAUCACAGACGAGGUGAAAAAGGCUCUGAACAGGAUCUAUCACCAGAACAGAAAAGUGUAUGAAAAGGUGGUGAGGGCAGCAGCGGCUGAUGUCAUCUUCAGCAGCAAUCCCACAUACAUUGAAGUGCAAAACCUCCUCCUCUCCAUCGGCUCACUCCCCAAUGAGAUGAACAAGUACAUGGUCUCCAAGGUCCAGGACAUCCUGCACUUUGAAAUGCCUGCAAGUAAAGCAGUUCGGCAGGUGAUGAGAAACACGAUUGCCCACAACUAUGACCGUUUAUCGAAAACUGGCUCCUCGUCUGCUUACUCUGGCUACAUGGCACGAGGUUCAGACACCACCUCCACCUACAGUUUGGACAUCCUGUACUCUGGCUCUGGUAUUCUGAGGAGAAGCAACAUGAACAUCUAUGCUUUAAGUAAGGACACCCAACUUCAUGCCAGCCAGGUUGUCAUAGAGGCUCAAGGUCUGGAGUCCCUGAUCGCUGCUACUCCUGAUGAAGGUGAGGAGGAUUUAGAGUCCUUCGCUGGAAUGUCUGCCCUGCUGUUCGAUGUCCAGCUGCGACCAGUCACCUUCUUCAAGGGCUACAGCGACCUGAUGUCCAAGAUGUUUACAGCUACUGGAGAUCCAAUCAAUGUGGUCAAGGGCCUCAUCCUGUUGAUAGAUCACUCUCAGGUCAUCCAGUUACAGUCUGGGCUGAAGGCCAGUGUGGAGUUCCAGGGAGGGCUGGCCAUUGACAUUUCAGGUGGCAUGGAGUUUAGCCUGUGGUAUAGGGAAUCUAAGACCAGUGUAAAUAACAGGGGUGCCUUGUUUGUGAUGGGCAACGUGACAGUGGACAUGGACUUUGUUAAAGCCGGAGUGGAGGUCAGCUUUGAGACUGAAGCCACACUAGAUUUCAUUACCACAGUGAAGUUCUCUGAAUACCCCUUUCUGGUGUGCAUGCAGAUGGACAAAGCAUCCUUUCCUUUCAGGGAGUACAUGACAAAGUACGAAAGCAUCCAAUCGGGAAAGCGCUUCGUCUCCCGCAGGGGUAGGAGAGACCAAAUACCCGGCUCCGAGCUCCCGCUCCACCAGGAAAACUCCAACAUGUGCAAGAAAGUGUUCACUGAUGACUCAGACUGGUAGAUGAGCAUGUGGUUAUCCCCAGGGCUGCCAUGCUCCCUCAGUGAUCAGAGAAUUAAGGAAUGUGUUUGUCAAACUUGAGAAGUUGGGCUGGCAACGGGUUUUAUUUGUCACAACUUUCCACCUGUUUAUUACACAGGAAAACAUUUAGGAAGUCGUCAAGUAGUGUAAAUAUUUACACAGCAAAACAACUCCAACACUAAGAUCAGUCUUCAGAAAUUAAUUUACAGAGGUAAUCCUCGGGCUAUUGGUCUCAUGUCUUUCAAGACGCUAUGGAAAAUCAGUGACUGCUUAGCUUGAGACUCUGGUCUUGCUGUAUCAGAUUUAUUCCUUAAAUGUAUUUCCUGUUUAAUAAAACCUUAUCAGUCCAACAUGGCCAAGAAGGUGCCAGAACUGUACAAACAGUGUUUACAUAUUUACAUUUAUUUAAAACGUUUUUGUAAAAUAGACAGAUUAUUGAUUUUAAGAUGUUCCUUCUUGCCAACAGAGUUUUGUAAAAAAUAUACUGUAUGUGGUAUAUAAAAAGAUGCAAGAUGGGUAUUUCAGGUUACACCUGCUCAUGUUUACAUCAGUGCUCAUGAAAAUUAGUCUCUUUGUUUAAGUUUUGUGUUGAAUGUUCAAGAAAAAAAAAAACAAAUUUGGAAAUUGGUCAUGGUCUUUGAAAUGGAAAGAAUGUGACACUGAGGCUUGAUUUAUCCUCUUUUGUGAAGAUCUUAUCUAAAGUCCGUGCUUGACAGAUUCAUGUGAGGAGUGAACAGGCAGAGGGACCUCUGAUCAGGUUUGACUAAGAAAUGUUUUGCUUCCUGUAGUGUGGGAGAGGUGAUACUGGUAUGUGAAAAUGGAAAUACAAAUCUCAUUGUACAGCAGUUAGUAUCCUAGGUACCUGUAUUACUUCUGCCUUCACUCCACACAGCAUAAAGGCAACUCAAUGUGUAUUAUGAAAAAUGAAAUAAGGAUUACACUGGUUGAUACUGUUUUGUUUUGAAUACACCAGCUAAAAUAUUUGUUUCAUGGCAGUAAACAGUCAAUGUAAUGAUGUUUUUUUAUCACUCAUGGUUUUUAAAAGAACCAAAGUUUUAUAACUUCUCAUAAUUUUUGUAUUCCAAAAAAACAGGUUGGUCUUAUUCAAAACUGAAACAAGUAAAGAUGAAGCUCAAAAUCAGAAUGCAGCCUAGAAUAGGCCUUCUCUGGCCUUCUCUGGCCAUGGCCCUUCCAAACCACCCCAUUGUAGUCCUUGAGUGCAGCCAGCACCAGAAUUGUUAUAUUGAUACAAGUUAUUUAGGACUGGCUGUUCAUAAAUCCAGCAGUAAAGUGAAUUGGAAAGGCCACACUUGGAGAAGAUCUGGUCUUGUCUUUUGCUGGAAAAGCUGAAUAUCAAGUUGCAAUAAAACAAAAUUCUGAUUGAAUUGGAGUUGUUUGAUCAAUAUCAGCUUCUCAAUAAGUAUAGAUUUCUAUCAGAACAUUUCCAUUUGCCCAUCUUUCUACUAGUUUUAAUUUAUUUAAAGAACAACAGUGCAAAUUGCUUUGGAAUGGAUGAUGCUAUAUUUCUGAUACAUUGGAAAUGGUAAUUAUACAAAAUAGAAUAUUUUAUAAAUAAUAAUUACCUGUAUAUAAAAUAUAAAUUACUUGGAAUUGUGGAUUAUUUCCAAAUUUUGGCAAUGAUAAUAUUGGAUAAUCAUGUCUUAGUAUGAUUCUUGAAUAGGGCAGGAUGCUUUUCAGAUCAUCUAUCCCAUCAUAUAAAUUCCAACAAUCAGAACUCUCUUAAAAAUCAUUUUACCAUUCAUCAAGCACCUUUACUGGGGCGUGGGGGUCCCCAAAAUGCAAAAGAUAGUUUUCAUACUCAUAAUGUGUAAUUUUUUUCAAUAGUGACAAGAUUUAGUGUGUACAUACUGUAUGCUUUAGAUUAUUUGUAAUUUACGACAGUGUUCAUAAGAAUAAUCCAGUGUGAUUCUGUGUUGUAUUUGGAUAUCUUUCAUGAGAGUAAUUUUGGAAAAAGAUUAUAAAACACUGAGAACCCAUGUUUUACAGGACAUCCAUUUACUUUUCAUGUGCAUACAUGCAACUACAGUACAUCAAAGUAAUGCACUGAAGUGUUAAUUCAGUGCUUUAGAGAUGUAUGCCAGUCUUGAACAGUUCUAAUUCGAAAGAAAGUAUUCUGUAACCGAAGCUUCCUUCCUCUCAUAUUCCUUCUCUGUUUUCACUUUUCUGAUAUUUUUAGUUUUUUGUAGAGUUACAGUAGUUGACAUGGUUUUGUGAUGUUACUUUGGUGGGCAUCUUUAUGGAAGGUGAUAAGCCAGAGAGAAUUUAAAUGUCUAAUAGAGAAAAGAAACAGUUGAAAAUGCUCUUGGUAUUAAAAAAAAACAGAAUAAUUCAAAGUUUUGGUGUUUCCAUGAGCCUCUUUCAAGAUUGAAAACAUUAGAUGUAACUGUGGAAUGUCUUAAUGUUUUCAUACAGUAUCUCACUUGUUCUUUCAGGGUUACAUGCUUGAGACUCCUAUUGUAAAACUUACUUUCUGUGUAAUGAGAACUACAGUACAAUACUACACAGAAAUAAAAAAGUAUUUAAGGA